UUUGAUAGAUAGGAAAUUCAGCCUGCUUAAGUAGCUUCGCUAAGACGAUCGAUGGAUAAACUCUGACACUUCGUGCUGCACUACUUAGUUAGUUACGUAAGCAGGAUCAAGAGAAUUAGAAGGAGAGAAGUGAGACGAUUAAAGAGAACAAAUUACAUUGAAAAGGAUAAAAGACAAUUAAAAAUAAUCGAUAACUGGCGAUCAACGAGAUAGUUGUCCAUCUCGUCACCUUAGUUCCUCCUCUCUAGAAAAUAUCCAAUGGGAGGCUCAUAUGAAAUUGGAAUCAAAAAUAAAUUUGCUCUAUAAAUUUACAAUUUAUAAUCAAUUAGCUCUAAAUUAACUUUCUUAAACAUAACUGAAUUUGUUAAUUUUGAUCAAUUACUCAAGCCUCUUAAAUUUAUUUUUAAAUUGAUAAAUUUGAACUGAUCGAUCUAAAUUGAUAAUUUGAAGGAUUGAUUUACACUAAAGUCAAAUUAUUAAACUAAUUCACAUAUUCUAACAGUUUAGGGGACAAAUGAUAAUUCUAUAAAAUUUGGUCAAGUUGGGGCUUGUCUCUAGGUAGGUUCCAAUUUAUCUUAGUGGCUGCAAACUUGUUCGACGCUUUGCAAGUCAAUAGUCAAUGCUCGAGCAAAUUAUUGUCUGAAGACUGUUCAAAACACACUCACCUCAUCGUCUCUAAAUCUUGAGUUCUUGCUCCAGGAAACCAAAAAAAUGGCAGAAUCUUUUGUGUUUAACAUAGCACAAUCUGUUCUUGAAAAACUAACAUCUAUAACUCUCCAAGAACUUAAUUUAGCAUGGAAUGUCAAAGAAGAUCUCGAAAAGCUUCAAGACACAUUAUCAACAAUCAAAGCUGUGCUAUUAGAUGCAGAGGAGAAGCAAGGUAAGAACGUUGAACUAACUCUUUGGUUAUCCAAACUUAAAGAAUCAUUUUACGAUGCAGAGGAUAUUAUUGAUGAGUUUGGAUGCGAAAUUUUGCAUAAACAGUCUACUAAUAGCAGGGUACGUAGAUUCUUUUCCAAGUCCGAUAACCCGCUUGUUUUUCGUUUCAAGAUGGGGAAUAAAUUGAAGGAAAUUAGUGAGAGAUUUGAUGAGAUUGCGGGCCAGAAGAGUAAGUUUCAUCUUACUGAGAGAUGGGUGGAUGAGAGAGUUGUGUUUAGGAGAAGAGAGAUGACUCACUCUUUUGUUCAGGCUUCUGAUGUUAUUGGUAGAGAUGAUGAUAGAGAUAAGAUUAUUGAUUAUUUGUUGAAUUAUGGUGAGGAGGAAAAUGUGUCGGUUGUUCCUAUUGUUGGAAUUGGUGGCUUGGGGAAGACUACAUUGGCUAAGAUGGUGUAUAAUGAUGAAAGGGUGGAUAGAAAUUUUCAGUUGAAAAUGUGGAUUUGCGUUUCGGAGGAUUUCGAUGUUACUAGGUUGGCUAAGGAGAUAACUAGUUCUGCUACUGGGAGAAAUUAUGGUGACUUGAGUAUUGAUCAAUUGCAGGCACGUUUACGUCGGAGUUUAGGUGGUAGGAGAUUUUUGUUAGUUUUGGAUGAUAUUUGGAAUGAGAAUCGUGUGAAAUGGGUUGAGUUACGAGGUUUAUUGGAGGGUGGUGCACUUGGAAGUAAAAUUAUUGUUACGACGAGGAGUUCGAAAGUUACUACUAUAGUAGGCAGUGAACUUGCUUACAAUCUGCCCGGUCUUUCUCAUAAUGAUUGUUUGUCUUUGUUUCUAAAAUGGGCGUUUAGUGCAGGUCAAGAGAAGCAAUAUCCGAACCUUGUACACCUUGCUAAUGAGAUUGUGAGGAAAUGUGGAGGGGUUCCGUUGGCUGUGAGGACGUUAGGGAGUCUACUUUACGCGUCCACUGACGAAAAACAGUGGUUGUCUAUAAGAGAUAAUGAGAUAUGGAAGUUGCAGCAUAAGGAAAAUGAUAUCUUACCCGUGCUAAAGUUGAGCUUUGAUCACAUGCCAUCUUACUUGAAACGAUGUUUUGCUUAUUGUUCUCUAUUUCCAAAAGAUUAUGUGUUUUAUAGUUUUGAAUUGGUUCAAUUUUGGAUGGCGCAUGGGCUUCUUGAUUCGUCGGGUGAAGAUCAAGAGUUGGAAGGUUGUGGGUUGCAGUAUAUGAAAGAAUUAUGGUCUAGAUCUUUUUUUCAAGAUGUUGAAGAUCAUGGUUUCUUUUUUACCUGCAAAAUGCACGAUCUUGUACACGACCUAGCUAUAUCAGUUGCGCAGAGUGAGUGCUCGACUGUAAACUUUCUCACUGAAAGUGUCGAUGAAAAAAUCCGCCAUUUGUCAUUUUCAGGCACUGAUUUUCCAGGCCAAGAAGUUCCCAAAUUCUUGAACAAGCUAGACAGGGUAAGAACAAUAUGCUUUCCGGUUAGAGGAAUGGGACCGACUAAUGAAACUUUUAUGGAAACCUCCAUGUUGAGAUUCAAACACUUGCGACUGCUGAAUCUAAGUGAUUCAUGCUUUGAGGUUUUGCCCAACUCAAUUGGUACUUUGAAGCAUUUGAGAUAUCUUGACCUGUAUAGAAAUCGUAAGCUUAGAAAACUCCCCCGAACUAUUUGCAAGCUGCAGAACUUGCAGACUUUACGGCUCGAAGAAUGCGAGAAGCUUGAAGAAAUUCCAAGAGAUAUCAAGAACAUGUUCAGCCUUAGGUUUCUAGAAAUUACUACGAAACAAGCAGUUUUUCCAGUAAACGGGAUUGGGUCUCUCGGUUCUCUCCGAUACUUGUCCUUUUUCGAGUGCAGCAAUUUAGAACAUUUGUUUGAAGAUAUGCGAUCUCUCACUUGUCUUCGGACAUUGGUGGUAGCAUCUUGUGGAAGCUUAACUAGUUUGCCUCGCAAUUUAAAGUAUCUAACUGCCUUAGAGACAUUGGUGAUAGGUGACUGUGGAAAGCUUAAUUUGAUGGAAAUGGAAAACGGUCAAGAUUUCAAUCUGAGUCUUACUUCCUUGGUCCUUGGAGAACUGCCACAACUUGUGACUUUGCCUCAAUGGCUUCAAGGAUGCGCAAGCAGCUUGCAGUACUUGUACAUUGACGAUUGUCCAAAUCUUACUGCAUUACCAGACUGGUUUCAGAAUUUGACAUCGCUUCAAAGACUAGAAAUUAUAAGAUGCCCCGAAUUAUUUUCUCUUCCGGAGGAGAUGCUUUGCCUUACUUCAUUAAGAGAAUUGAAGAUCGGAUUUUGUCCUGAAUUGCGCGAAAGAUGUGAUCCAGAGACAGGAGAGGAUUGGUUUAAAAUAGCUCAUGUUCCUGAUAUUUAUCUCAAUGGUAUCAAGGUCAAAGUCAAUGCUAGCUACUAUGGAGAUGCAACGAGUUGAGUUGAGUUGGUGACAAUAUCUGUCAUGUUUAUGUUUCUUGUACUGAGUUUGAAGUUGUGUUACAAGCUGGAAUCUGAAGCAUGGUCAUCAGCAAGUUGCAUCUGCAGGAAUCAACUAGGUCAUUAGAAAAUGUUCCUAUCGCUGAAAUUGUUGGACACUGAAAUAGCAGUGAAUUUAGCAAAAGGGUGUUUGAUUUUUAUUUCUAGCAGAAAUGCUUUUGAAACUUCGAACUCUAAAUUUAGAUCAUACACCAGUAAAAAAUAUAUUGUUUUACUA